CGAAGAAGAUGAUUUUCUGUUAUACUGCACGCGUUUUUUCAAGCGUUAUGUUUAUCGUUAUUAUUACGCAGUUCAAUCACGUAAAUGGAAGUAACAUCACAUGUGACAAACACUGUAUAUGUGAAGGGACGAAAGCCUUAUGUAGUGGAGUUUCCUUACACUAUGUUCCAAAAUUUCCACCUAGUAUUACAUUAGUGAAUUUGACCCACACAAAUUUAUCAUAUAUUGGGGAACAUACAUUUUAUAAUCUUUCAUUCGGUAUGUACAUCGGAAAACUGAUACUGCGUGAUAAUUACAUAACGUAUAUUCAUCCAAAGGCGUUUUACAAUAUUUCAGCCCUCAGAACAUUGGAAAUAUCAAACCAACAUCAACUGGAUAUCAUUGUGUUAACAAAAGCCUUUUUUAAUCUUCAGAAACGUUAUUUGAAAGCACUCCAUCUUCGUGACAAUAAAUGGACGAACCUGCCUGCUGAUACUUUUAUUUCAUUUUCAACAAGUAAAAUACAGAAGAUAGUUAUAACUGGAAAUAAUUUCAAAGAUGUAAACUGUAUAAUGUUUGAGCAAUUGACUUCUUUGACAAAUCUAAUAUUAUCUGAUAAUUCUAUCAAAGAUGUGUAUGUGAAGGGAUUGAAAACAUUGGUAAAAUUAUCUUUAGAUAGUAACCGGCUCACAAAGGUCCCAAAAUGGUGUUCUAAUUUAGAUUUAAGUCAUGUUCCAAACUUACAACACCUUAACCUGGGUAGCAACAAUAUUGGCGACCUUGGAAACAACACUUUUAGAUGUUUGCCAAACGUUCAGUUAUUGAAUUUAGAAGGCAUUAAUACUGGUCGAAUACAAGAUAAUGUUUUUUCGUCUUUGCCUCAUAUAAAGACUCUGAUGAUAUCAAGAAUAGGAAAUCCUUUAAAAAAGAUAAGUGAGUUUGCUUUCAAUAGCACAUCUCUGUCCACACUUCAGAUGAGUUUGAACAACUUCCAUUUUGACAGAACAACUAGCAAAAUAUUUGCAUACUGUCCAGACAUCGAGUACCUCGAUCUGAGUCAAAAUUUCAUGCCACGAAACCUUUCAAUGUUCAAAGAAACUCUUCGUCCAUUGUCCAAUCUUCAGAAACUUAUACUUGCAGGAUGUGGAAUUACCGCCAUCCCCGAAAUGUUGUUUACACCCUUCAAAAAGAUAUGGUCUAUAAAUCUUAGUCAGAACAAAAUUUUUCAGUGGAAAAAUUUAUUCCUUAAUGUUACAUCGUUAACUAUGCUGGAAUUGAGCGUGAAUUCGAUUACAGUUAUAAAUCAGACUUCCUUUCCUCGGGAAGUUUUGUUUUCUUUAAAGACACUUAAUUUAGGCUUUAAUCCUUUCUCUUGUACAUGUGACCAGAUUUGGUUUCUUAAUUGGACAAAACAUUUCAUGAACAAACUUGUACACUUCAAGAAUUAUAAAUGCAAACAUCCACCAGAUUUGGCUGGGAAACUGUUGUAUAAUUAUCACCCAACAGUGGAAAUCUGUACUCCCUGGAAUCCAUUUAAUACAAUUAUAAUUGGACUUGCAGGAAGUGGAACGAUCAUUGUGUUAAUAAUUGUGUUAAUUGUGCGAUGUCAGUCAAAUAUAAAGAACUAUAUCUACCUUUUACGAGUGUCCUACAACAAAAGACGAGGAUAUCUAACUUUGGAUAACGAUGAAGAUUUUGAAUACAAUGCAUUUGUUGUGUACUGUGAGGAAGACAGAGAUUGGGUUCAUAAAAAAUUCAUAAAGAGAGUAGAAAAUGAAGAAGGAUUAAAAUUAUGUAUUCAUCAUCGUGACUUUGAAAUCGGACAGCCAAUCAUCGGCAACAUUGAUAAGUUUGUGGAAAAAUCACGAAAAGUUGUCGUGAUAAUGUCAAAUGAUUUUGCCAAAAGUGAAUGGUGUCAGUGGGAAGUUGAUAUUGUACAGGAAAAACAUAGAAGAUUAGGACGAGAUGUUUUUCUUCUCGUCAUGUUGAAAAAUAUUGACUCCAAGCAUAUGACAAGUCAUCUUCGAUCGCUACUGGCCAGUGGUCAUCAUAUUAAAUAUUCAAGUGGUGUAGGGGAGGAUUUGUUUUGGAGAGCUGUUAUAGAAGUUCUUAAAAAACCGCUAGGGGAUCCACCGGUUGCGCUGUUGUAAAAACCUAACGUUGUGUUGUUAUCUUAAGACACAGGCAGAUGUUUAACCAAAUUUAUGCUGCAACAAUAUUCAUGAUAGUUUCGGAUGAUGUGUACACAAAUUCUUACAAAGGAAAAAUAAAGCAACUACUGAAUAAUCAU